AUGAGAGACGAGGCCAGGAAUACUUUUAAAAAACAUGUUAACUCAUUAGCUAUAAUAAAAAAUCAAAAUAAUGAGAAAUGGUUGAUCUUAAAAAAGAAAUAUAUGCCAAGUAACGGCAAAGAGAAUGAUGAGGUUGUUGAAAAUAAAGUUUUGGAACCUACUUCCAAUACAACUGACGAGAGCUCCAUAGAGCCUAAUAAUAUUACACAACCAUAUCAUGCCACACCGCCUCUUCAAUUAAACCAAGACUUCAGUAUAUUAGCGAACAUUAUUCAGGAUACCAAUAUGGGUACAUCUAAAACGUCAAAAGCAAUACAUAGUGAAUCACAAGAAAGUUUGUCAGCUUCUAAUGAAGAUAUUCCACCUAAAGUUCAUCCAAGAAGGAAGGCUACAGAGAAAUUUGAGAAACGAUCAAGCAUACCAUCACACAGUGGGCCACUUUCACCAAGUUCUAAUCAUGAUGUAUCAGACACUAAUGAAACCUUGUCUUCAUCUUUGACAUCUUCAAGAAGUGAAAGCAUGCUUGUGGAUAAUGAACAUAAAAUAUCUGUUAAAGAGAGAAAACAAAUGUUCAACAGGAUGGCUUCCGAGAGUGAUGUCCCCAAAUCACAUAAAUUAAGUUUCAAUAAUUCGAGUGUCGACGAGGAGGACAGAGUGUCUUUGGACCACAAAGGCGAAACGGACCCGUUAGACUCGAAGCAGAAGCUGUGGAUCCUGUGCGCAGCCAGGGGCGAAUAUCAUUCGCUCGCGAAGAUGUGCAAGGAGAAUGCGAAGCUAGUGAAAACUAAGGUACUG